GUACAUCCAUCCCCCAAACUAAUAACGGGACGUCCCAGUGACUCGUAAAUAAUCCUUGACCUCCAAAUUCCAGCGGGUGCACUUCCGGGAACGGGCAACAAUGGCGUCUAGCGCAUUUAGCGAAAUAACUGAGGAAUUUCUCGUUUGCCAGAUAUGUUUAGACGACCUUAAGCAGCCUAAGAUGUUGCCGUGUCUUCACACCUUUUGCCAGCCGUGUUUGGAGAGGCUUUUGGCGACACAACGGGUAGCACAACUCUCCUGUCCGACGUGCCGACAGGACGUGCCCCUCCCAGAAAAUGGCGUCCAGGGGCUGAAGGCCAACUUCCUUGUUGGUAAACUGCACGACAUUCUUCAACAAAAACGGAAAGGAACAGGGGAAACAUCAAAGCCAGGGGCGGAGGGAAUCCCCUGUACGGCCUGUGAGAGAGGCAACCCUGCCGAGUUCUACUGUGUGGAGUGUACCGACUAUCUGUGUCACGUAUGUAACGACACGCACCGUGGACUCAGAGUGAGUAGGUCCCACAAAGUUGUACCAAUCGAAGACCUGCUAUCAGGCAAAUUUUCCACCGAGCUCCCAUCAAAAGAGACCACAAAAUGUGAGGAUCACAAUGAAGUAGUCAAGUUCUACUGUGACACCUGUCACCGGGUCAUCUGUCUGCACUGUGUGGUAACGGCGCACAAAGAUCACCAGUAUGUGGAGAUAGAGAAGGCGGCAGAGAUGGAGAGGGCAAAGAUCAAGGCAAAACUAUCGUCAGUCAAGAACACAGCAGACCUUCAUGAAAAGUGGAUAGAAGAACUGCAGUCAGAAAAGAACGAUUGGCCUUUACAGGUACAGCGUGCAGAAGAACAAAUCGAGAAACAAGCAGAGGCUAUCAUAGAGGCCGUUCAGAAGGUGAAAAGUGAGAAAAUCAGUCAGCUUCGCGCUAUGAAUGCUGCUCGGGAGAAACAGAUGGAAGCCGCCAUGGAGGCAGCUGAGAUGGACCGGGCCUCAGCAAAGAGCUGUGUCCAGUUCACGGACAAUGUGUUGGAGUACGGGAGUCCAGCGGAGGUCAUGUCUGUGGCCGGAGAACUGACCGCACGGAUGCAGCAAACGACAGACAUAAAGACCACUGAGAGGGCUGAACUGACCAAGGGUUUCGUGAACUUGACCUUUGACCUUCCAGCGUGUGAAUUGGAACACGAUGUUUCAAAUUUGAUCGGAUGGUUGAAACAAACUUCAGUGUCUUUGACAAACACACAGUCACCAAUUCGAAGGAACGUUGUAAAAACGACCACUUGCAGUUGGAUUCCUAAACACGUGAAAACCGUGGGGCAGAAAGGCAAGGGACGUGGACAGUUUAAGUGCCCUACAUCACUUGCUGUCACCACAGAUGGAGACAUUGUAGUGGCUGACCGUGACAACAAACGCAUUCAAUUUCUCGACAAAGAUGGCGCCUACAAGGGGAAAGUUAGUUUGAAGUUUAAGCCAUUAUGUGUGGCGGUAACGGCAAACGGUGGGAUGUUAGUGACAGGAGACGGACACAAGAUUCACGUACUGGACAAUCAGGGGAGGGGAGCUCGUGUCAUCCAAAUGCUAACAGGUGUUGUAGAGAGAGAUAAAACUACGCAAGGCAUCGCUGUUGACGGUUUAGGGCGUAUCAUCGUCACUAUCGGGUACCAGGUGUUUGUACUUAGUCCUAGGGGUGACGUCAUUCUGAAGUUUGGGGACAAAGGUCAAGGUCAACAGAAGCUGGGUUCCUCCCUUCGUUUGACCGUCAAUAGUAGCAACCAAAUCAUCAUCAGUGAUUUUGGAAACGAUAGCCUGAAGAUAUUUGACCCCAUCGGUCGUCAUCUCUUCACGUGCGGGUCACGUGGCUCGGGACCUGGACAGCUGAACGGACCCUACUGUGUCAUCACGGACAGCGAGGACAACAUCAUCGUGGCUGACUGGAACAGCCAACGCGUUUCCAUGUUUAGUUCUGAAGGCACAUUUAUCCGGCACGUGCUGACACGGGAGGAACACGGACUGGUGUUUCCAAAGGGACUAACGCUGACUCAAGACGGGCAUUCGGUCGUUUGUGAUGAACAUACCAUCAAGGUAUUCAAAAUAUAACAGGGAAAAUAAGUCAGAAGUUACUUUGGAUAUUCGGUACAAUGGCCGACAGUACUAUAUAAAACAGGAAGUACGAGAUUAUUUUUACACUACUACGUGCUUUAAUCCACAAUUUUUUCUGUAAGAGUCUUCCCUUUUUCAAGGCAAUACUGACAGGUUCACAUUAAACUGCAGUAUAGGUGUCGCUGCUUACAGAAGCGGGUUCAAACGUAAAGUAUUACAAUAUUACAUGGAUAUUAUGACUAAUAUCUUAUUAUGGUCUGGCCACGGCAUAAUUAGUGGACUUUCAAUGUUAGAAAAAAAAAAUGGUAACAGUCUAUCCAAAAUUGCCAAAUCAACUUCGCUUUUACGGGCAUAAGUAUUAAACA